AUGGUUUACAGUAAACCAACUCCCACAAGCGGAGCCAUGAAGAGGUCUGCCUCGGCUCUGGAAGGACCCCCAGGAUGGGGUGAUGUUCCUCCAAUGAUGAGCUCCUCCCGCCCAUCCUUCCGCCCCCCUUACGCUCACUUCGCCAUGAUUUACCUGGACCGUGAUGGCAAGCUCAAGGUCGAUGAAUCAUCUUCUAUUCAAGAGCAAAACUCCACUGUUUUCACUCCAGAGGUCCGCCAGAACUUCCUCGAGAUUCUGGGCGAACGUAUCGGCUAUCAUGCCCCUGCUCGCCAGUCUAUGGACACAUCUCCUCGUCGAGUGAGACGUCGCAAGGGCAACGCUGCCGCUCUUUCUGUCUCUGAUGAUCGCCUAACUGAGCAGGAUUCUGACAACGAAGACUUCGCUAACGGAUCCACUGAAAUGGUUCCUCUCCGCAUCGGAGAUGCCCAGAAGGUCAUGAGCUACUAUGAAGGUGCCUUGAAGCACUUUCAACAGCUUAACUGCCGUAUGGUUGCCAAGGCAUUCAUCAAGUUCAUCGAGCCUCGGAAGCAAGUUCGACACCCUUACAACGGAUCUGCUCCCGGUACUACUGGUGACCCAGAAAAGACUAAGCCCGAAUGGUGGCCUCCCGGUGUUAUGCACAAGGAGCCUGAUCACCUGAGAAAAGAGUAUCGCAUUGAGCUCUUGCUUCACAUUAUCCGCAAGCUCGGUGCUUACGGUAUUACUGCCGAUAAGCUCAAGGAUGUUGCUGGCGACACCAAGCGGAGCUUGAAGCACGCAUCUCACGUCGAAAUCAUCUACGAGAUCCUCCGGGUUCGUAAGAUGGAAGAGCGGUUUGAGCGAGGUGAAGUCGAUGCCAACAUGAUCGUCUACACCAUGAACCGCGGCCCCAGCCCUAAGGGUGAUGAAGAAGAUGACUCCACCGCCUCAGUGACAAUUGAAGAGCCCGAACACAUCAAUCACGGAUUAAUGACCCCCAUCUCAUCAUUUGAGCAAGCAUCUGCCUCCUUAACCACACCCAUCGACAAUAUUCCAUCAGCUCGCUCCCUCCCAAGCAGCUUCUCCAUGGCGGAGCCUCUCCACUUCGAAAAUCCUACCCGCCAGGACCGCCCCUACUACACUUCACCUCCCCAAUACACAGAGUCAUUCUCGCAGCCCAUGCUCAGCACUCCUGUGACCGCAGAGAUGAUCAGCCCCCACGACGUCUCGGUUUCGGCAUUUGACUAUUCCACUCACAAUACCUUCUCAAACCCCACCCCCGAACACUCACGCGCGGGAGUAAAUGGACACUACGACACCUGGAACCCAUCUUUCCGUCAAAACAUUUUCACUCCUGUCGAGUACUCCACACCGGCUUCUAGCCAGGGUAUGACCCAGCCUUCAAUGAGCUACCAGAUGCCCAUGGUGUCGCACAUGCACGACAUGUCCCACCACCACACCCAGCAACCCCACAUGGACUCCCUCCACCAAAGAUCCCUGCCUUUCCGCACGGGGUCAUUGGGUCACCCAAUCCCUAGUGGGCUGCCUGUUGCUCACGCUGUCUAA